AUGGAUAUUAACGCAACAGAUUUACAUCAAAAAAUUGAUUCAAUAGAUACUAAACUGGUUCGUCUUUUGAACGAACGUGCAAGAGUUUUAUUGAACAUAGGAAAGGAAAAAAAAGAUUCAUCAAGCAGCAACGGUGAUGAAAAAGUAGAUACAAUUGAAGCUUUUAUUCCGGGUAAUGAGAAACAAGUUUUCGAAAAAACUGAUGUCUCAUGUUCUUUUCCGACAACUAUUUUUAAAAAGCUCAAGUAUCUUAACAAUGGUCCACUGUCAUCAGACUCACUUCAUGCAAUAUAUAGAGAAAUAAUGUCAGCUUCGAUUUCUUUGCAAAGAGAAACAUCUGUUGCAUAUUUUGGUUCCCCUG